AUGGAAGGAUGCACAAUGCUGGAGAUUCUUCCAACUGAUGUCAACUUGUCAUCUCUCGAACCCCUUCUUCUCAGUGGGUGCUCAAGGUUGAGAAGGUUUCUUCAGAUUUCAAAAAGUAUUGCAAGUCUCUAUCUAGAUGACACCGCCAUUGAAGAAGUUCCCUACUGCAUAGAGAAAUUCUGGAGGCUCUCUGAACUAUCAAUGAGUGGUGGCAAGACGUUGAAAAAUAUCUCUCCAUACAUUUUCAGAUUGAGAAAUCUUAAGGUAGUAGACUUUUCAGAUUGUGGAGAAGUCGUCACGACACUGAGUGAUGUCAGCAUCCUAGCAACAAUGUCAAGAGAGGAUCACCAUUAUUUGAAAACACUGAAGAGCGUUAUAAAGAUGACGCGGAGAUAG